AUGUCUUCGUACACAGUUCCCUUCGUGAUCAAUGGCGAAGAACGCAUCGCCGAGAAGACGUUCGACGUGAUAUCGCCGGACACCUGCAAAGCGGUCCACCAAUGCGGGGUGGCCACGGAGAAGGAUGCCCUCGAGGCCGUCGACGCCGCUGUGGCCGCUGGUCGCGAAUGGCGAAACACUCCUCCGGCUGCCCGCCGCGAUAUCUUAUUCAAGGCAGCUGAGAUCAUGACCCGGCGGCGGGAGGAGCUGGGCCAGUACAUGAUGGACGAGACUGGUGGUGCUAGGGGCUGGGCCGACUUCAACCUCGACGUCACCAUCGACAUGUUAAAGGAGACCGCCGGUCGCGUGAGCAGCUUGACUGGAAGCGUUCCCACGCUCCAGGACCCGAACCAGUCGGCCAUGGUCGUGCGGGAGCCAUUUGGUGUUGUGCUGGCCAUGGCACCGUGGAAUGCGCCGUAUAUCCUUGGCACGCGCUCGAUAUUGUUCCCGAUCGCGGCCGGGUGUACUGCCGUUUUCAAAGGCUCAGAAAGCGCACCGAGGACAAUGCACGGCAUUGUCUCUGUACUUCAGGAGGCCGGUCUACCGAAAGGUGUGCUAAACUACAUCACGACCGACCCCAAGAACGCGCCGUCGGUCGUCGAAUCUCUCAUCGCAAACCCGAAUGUCAAGAAGAUAAACUUCACAGGCAGCACAGCUAUUGGUCGAAUAAUCAACAAGCUGGCUGGCCAGCAUCUCAAGCCCACAGUAAUGGAGCUCGGAGGCAAAGCCCCAGCCAUCGUCUGGGAAGACGCCAAUGUGGAAACGGCAGCAACCCAGUGCACACUGGGCGCCUUCUUGUUCGGCGGCCAGGUCUGCAUGAGCACCGAGAAGAUCAUCGUGCACAAGAAGAUCGGCGAGCAGUUCCAGAAGAAGCUCGUGGAGACGAUCGAGGCGAUAUUCCCGUCCAAGGGCGACGCGCCCGUCCUGAUCAACGGCCAGUCCGUCGAGAAGAACAAGAACCUCCUAAAGGACGCGGUCAGCAAGGGCGCCUCGCUCCUCAACGGGGACCUCGACGCCGAGGAGAGCACCAAGACGCGCAUGCGGCCCAUUGUCGUCGGUAAGGUCACUCCGGACAUGGACAUCUACCAGAACGAGUCGUUUGGGCCGACGGUCAGCCUGAUCGAGGUGGAGACGGAGGAGGAGGCGCUGCGGAUCGCGAAUGACACCGAGUACGGCCUGACGUCGGCGGUGUUCACGGAGGACCUGAGAACUGGCUUUCGACUUGCGAAGGGGAUCGAGGCUGGCGCUGUGCACAUCAACAGCAUGUCGAUCCAUGAUGAGAUGGCCCUGCCCCACGGGGGCGCCAAGGCGAGUGGGUUUGGACGUUUCAACAACUCUUUCGGACUGGACGAAUAUGUUCGGACGAAGAGUAUCACCUGGAUGAACUGA